UUAUGCAGAUGAGGGAAGGAAAAUUAUCCAGUGGGCAUUGGUGAAAAAUCGCGUGAGUGUCGAUGUCGUCGGCGAUGGCAUACCGUCGCCUGGACACGGAUUGCCCGGCGACAGGAGUUGGUGGCGGCGGCGAGGACGGGUCCCGCAAUGUCCCAGGUGGUACGCCAGUCGACGCCUUGCUGAUGGACUUGAACCGGAAGAGAGAUUUUAAAUUUAUUGCCACCGUGGCCCGAUUGGUACUCUAUUUCCUCCGCACGUUUUGGACAGCGUGUUCGACGUGCGUUUUUGUCCUGGUUGCGCUGUACUGGAUGUACGGAGGAUUGGUGACACUGGGCAUGUGUUUUCUCGGCAUUUUAGGAAUGGUAUACCAAGUCGGAGACUACUUCCUCUACUUCCCGAACCAGCCUUCUGAUUCGAGGGUAUUUGUGGCCCUUCCGUCCAUUUAUCAGUUGCCGUUUGAACUGGUGAACUUCAAAAGUGUUGACAAAACAAAACUUUGUGCGUACCUCAUCAAACAGCCCGACUCGAUAUCUGCUCCCACAGUCCUAUAUUUUCAUGGAAACGCUGGCAACAUUGGACACAGGUUGCAAGAUGCUUCCAAUAUGUUUACCAAGAUGCGGUGCAAUGUAUUUCUUUUGGAAUACCGAGGCUAUGGGAAGUCUGAUGGAAAGCCUUCUGAGUCUGGGCUAUACAUGGACGCCCAAGCCGCUUUGGAUCAUUUGAUUUCUUUGCCGAGCUUGGAUCACAAUAAAAUAUUCGUCUUUGGGCGAUCUUUGGGGGGCGCUGUCGCAGUAGAUUUAUGCAUAAAAAAAGCGAAUGCAGGGAAAAUUGCUGGUGUGAUAAUCGAAAACUCGUUUACAAGCAUUCGAGAGAUGGCAUUCAUCCUCAUGCCGUUCAAAGCGGUGAAAUACAUUCCCAGGAUACUUUAUAAGAGUAAAUUUGACAGUUCGUCAAAAGUAAGAAACCUGCGGCUGCCGUGUUUGUUCUUGUCGGGCAGUGCAGACUGUUUGGUGCCCCCUAAAAUGCUACAAGAUCUGUAUACGUCGUGUGGUUCAGCCGAGAAGUCUUUGAUUGUGUUCCCGAAUGGAGGGCAUAACGAUACCUGGACGUGUCCUGGGUAUUACGAUUCCAUUGCGGAUUUUAUGCAGAAGACGCUAUUGUCCAAAGAAACGUCCGGAAACGGAGAAGUCCCUUCUGGGGAAGAUUACAAUGGAUCUGUUACCUUUUUCUCGACGAUGACAUAUGGUUGCUUUUCGAAAUCAAGCAGAGACAAGAAACUGUACUGUUUGGCGGACGAGACGGAACGAGUGGGAAUCUGCGUAGAAAAUGCGAGCAACUCCUUCCUGUGCCUUUCAAAUACUCAGUUCAUCGAAAACCGGGUUUACGAGGAAGACCCGUCUACUUUUGCCGUGCCAGUUAUCGACAAGACGGCGAAGGAGAAAAAGGCGUCGAUGUCGCUUCAGGUAAAAUACGCAGAAGCUGUGAAAUACGGGAUGGAGGCGUUAAACACGGCCUUCGAGCGGGUCGAGAUUAUCCGACAUCCGGAUGGAGUCGCAGAUGGAACACAUCGAACUUCCGUGAUUUUGGAGCCAAAAGACCGUUUCUCGAAUCGCCGUCUGCCCUACAUUAUUGGGUCCCGGCAGUACCUGGAAGACGAUAACGUUGGCCUGCUGCCCAAAACCUCAUCCGACGUCGCUAGUACGUCGCAACCGCAAGCGACGAGCGUUGUACCCAUUAGCGUAGCGCAACCUGUGAUAACUGGGGGUGCCCCACCACCGCCGCCGCCUCCUCCUCCUCCGCCGCCGCCUCCGCUGAUAGUGCCAAAGAAUGAAGGGUCAAUGAGUGGAUUGGCAGCAUUGGUGGCCGAAAUCGACGCUCCUGUGUUGAGGGCAGAAGCAAAAGAAGACUUGUUAUUUGGUGAGUCCGAGGAAGAUGACGACGAUGAUCUAUUUACAAAUGCGUCGUCGAAGAAUCUUCCUGUGGAACAAAAGCCUAAGAGCGAGGUAUUUGAGUCUCGAGAACACGACGAGGAAGAGACGGUAGUGCGACAACCGGCGGAUUUUGCGUCGGAAUUGGCUGCCAAGUUGUCUGCGCGUGCCAAUAAUAAUCCAGCUGAAAUUGGAGAUCGCAAUCGGCAAACAGUGAAUGUUGGAGCGAGAGUGAAGUCCCAAGCGGUGACGGAAAUCUCUUCUGUUGCGAAGCAGAAAGCUCAGCAGCAGGACGAUCGACCGGCGAUCAAACCACGAACCAACGGUGUGUGUGUGGGAAAUUCUUGGCUU